AUGGCCACGUCCACCCUGUCCGUCUGCUCCAGCGAUCUGAGCUACGGCAGCCGCGUCUACCUGCCCGGAACCCCUGACUCCUGCCCCGGCUCCUCCUGGCAGGGGGGCGACUGCCCAGAGAGCUUCUGCGAGCCCCUCUGCUGCGCCCCCAGCUGCUGCGGCCCCGUGUGCUGCACCCCUGUGUGCUGUACCCCUGUCUGCUGCACCCCUGUGUACUGCAAACCUGUCUGCUGUGAGGACUCCCCCUGCACAGACUCCUCCUGCUGCACCCCCUCCCCCUGCCAGGGAGACUGCUGCACCCCUGUGUGCUGCAAGUCCGUCUGCUGCACCCCUGUGUGCUGUAAGCCCGGAGCCUGCUGCACCCCUGUGUGCUGCAAGCCCGUCUGCUGCACCCCUGUGUGCUGCAAGCCCGCCUGCUGCGCCCCUGUCUGCUGCAAGCCCGUCUGCUGUGAGGACUCCCCCUGCACAGACUCCUCUUGCUGCACCUCCUCCCCCUGUCAGGGAGACUACUGCACCCCUGUGUGCUGCACCCCUGUGUGCAGCAAGCCCGUCUGCUGCACCCCUGUCUGCUGCAAGCCCGUCUGCUGCACCCCUGUCUGCUGCAAGCCCAUCUGCUGCACCCCUGUCUGCUGCAAGCCCGUCUGCUGCACCCCUGUCUGCUGCACCCCUGUCUGCUGCAAGCCCGUCUGCUGCACCCCUGUCUGCUGCACCCCUGUCUGCUGCAAGCCCGUCUGCUGCACCCCUGUGUGCUCCGGGUCCACCCCCUGCUGCCAGCCCAGCCCCUGCUGCAGACCCCCCUCCUCCAUGUCCCUGCUCUGCCGCCCCGUGUGCAAGCCCGCCUGCUGCGCCCCUGCUUCCUGCUGCUGCGCCCCUGCCUCCUGCUGCCGCCCGGCCCCCUGCGUGUCCCUGCUCUGCCGCCCCGCGUGCCCCCGCCCCGCCUGCUGCGGCCCCGCCUCGGGCCAGUCCUGCUGCUGA